AAAGUGCCAGCGGACCAAUCGGUGGCUGGUUGCUCGCGGGACGCCCGGCGUCGAGACACCACUGCAACCGCCAACGACGUCGACCUCAGCGGCACGGGGACGAUAUUCGCGUCGGGAGCUAAUGUCGAUCUCUCGCCGAGACACCGACUCCGAGACGUCAUCCGUCGCCGUUGGGCCACCCUGUUCGCGAUCGCAGCUACCGGCUGGGGUGACGGGUCCAGCUCCGUCGACCUCGACCACCUCGGCGCCGCCGACAGUUGCCGCGGACUAUGCACGCACGGCCGAUGUGAACGUAGUGGACAGCCUCGACGACAACAUAGAGUAACCCCCGAUUCGACGCGACGGGAGAAAAGUGUGAGAACCUUUGGGCACAGUGAUCACGGACCGGUGGUGUGCGCGAGUGAUAGACAAGUGAGCUUUCCGGAGCUUUUGGCAACCAGUACAUUGAUCCCAUAACAGGGAAUGCGUAUCGAUACACCAUGAACGGAGCAACGUCGAUUACUACUUCGGACGAACACCAGCAUCAGCACCAGCAACCGCAGAAUGAAGCGCCGUCAGAACAUCCGAGAAGCCCUAAGAGCCCUAUGAGUAUCCGUCAUGACUCGGGAGAGAGCAGCGUAAUCUCCCCGGGAUUACCAGAACGAUACAGUCCUAUAGGGGCGACAGGAUCGACCUCGAGUCACGAUCCUUAUGCCUCGAGGUCCGUUCAGGAGUGUUCGGUACCACUCUGCAGAGGGAUACCAACGGAUUUCCCACUGGCGAGGUCACCGUAUUUAACCGCUCUCGGGAAUGGCCACCCUCAUUUACUGGGACAAGUGCAGCAGCAGCAACAGCACCAGCAACAGCAGCAACAACAGCAGCAACAGCGACCGCAACACGGCAGCAAACCACCCCGUAGUCUUGGUUUGACAUGCGUGGUUUGCGACGACACGAGCUCCGGGAAACACUACGGUAUCCUGGCUUGCAAUGGGUGCAGCGGCUUCUUUAAAAGAAGCGUCCGACGGAAGCUAAUAUACAGAUGUCAAGCUGGUACCGGAAGAUGUAUCGUGGAUAAAGCUCACCGAAAUCAGUGUCAAGCGUGUCGUCUGAAGAAAUGUCUGCAGAUGGGAAUGAAUAAAGACGAACAUGUCUUUUCCACUACAUGGAUUCCGUACGCCGUGCAAAAUGAACGGCAACCCAGAAACACUGCCACCAUCAGACCAGAGGCUCUCGUCGAGAUGGACCAGGAGCGUGCGCUUCGGGAAGCUGCGGUUGCCGUCGGUGUUUUUGGGCCACCUGUGUCUUUAGCUAUGGCGAGAUACACGACACCACUGCCUUUGCCCACCGUAGCGCCGACAACAAAUUCGACGAACCCUCCGGCAUCCCCUAGACAGGAUAACGCGGAUGGAAACGCAUCCGAGGAUAGCAUAGACGUGACUAACGAGGAACCAUUGACACCUCAAAGAAGCGGGUGUACGCAACUUCCGCCUGUGAUCCCGUCAUUGUACUCGCCUGCCAGUGCCGAAACAGUUUAUGAAACCAGCGCGAGACUACUUUUUAUGGCCGUCAAAUGGGCGAAGAAUCUUCCGUCUUUCGCAAGCUUACCCUUUAGAGAUCAGGUGAUACUUCUCGAAGAGGCUUGGUCCGAGCUUUUUCUUCUGAACGCAGUGCAGUGGUGCCUUCCACUCGAGUCGUCGCCCCUUUUCAACUCUGCAGAACUCACGGCGUUGACUUUAUCGCCGCAGCCACACCCGCAUUCCGGAAUCCACAUGCAGACCGCCACUGGCAAACCGAGCCAAGUGGCAGCGGAUGUUAGGCAUUUGCACGACACUCUGCAGAGAUACAAGGCAGUCAUGGUCGAUCCUGCGGAGUUCGCCUGCAUGAAAGCAAUUGUUCUCUUCAGACCAGAAACCCGCGGUUUGAAAGAUUCAAGCCAGAUAGAGAACCUGCAGGAUCAAGCGCAAGUGAUGUUAGGCCAACACGCCAGAGCUCAGCAACCAGGCAAUCCAGCACGAUUCGGCAGGUUGUUGCUGCUGCUGCCGUUGUUGAGGACGGUGCCGGCGUCUCGUGUAGAACUAAUUUAUUUUCACAGAACGAUCGGCAAUACUCCAAUGGAGAAAGUCUUGUGCGACAUGUACAAAAAUUAAGAGCAGUCGUUUAACGAGGAUCACCCAUCGGGAACGUUGUUCCGACAGUUAUCAAGAACAGAUGUUGUUGGUUGUUGAACAACUGACAACGUACAGUGCCACUUCAGAAGUGAGUGAUAACCAUCUCCAUUGGAGAAUGUUUUAAACUAUUUCUGUGAUGCAUUCGACUCAUUCGUGCUUAGACGACGUUUUGACGGUACGAUGUCAAGGGAAGCUGGAACAUUAUCAGAGUUCGACGCAAAGUUUUUCGUCGAACCGACCCGUUCAUUCCUGGAACACGAAGACGAAAGAAGUAUCGAGUCGGGUACAGUGUUGUCGCGAAAAUACUCUUCGCUCGAGAAACAGACGAACGAACGAACGAACGAACGAUUAGGAAACGAAUGAAAAUGUCGCGCCGAUGAAACACGCGAGCUGGAUCGAUCGUGGUCGAUCGUCGCCACGGUUGAAAAAGGUUUGGCCUAAGGACGAAGCCCCAAAGCAUGACCCUUCGACUCGCGAUCCCGUCUGGAGAGCGUUGAUCCUCGCUAGAUCGGGAUCGAUUAACGACGGAUACUUCGAGAAAGGUAACGCAUCGACGCAUACAGUAUUUAGAUAACAAUUCAACGGUAUCUAAGGCGAACGGGCGACAAACUCGAUCGCGAUGUAAGAACGAUAGAAAUUAAAAAAUAUAUAUAUAUAUAUAUACAUACACACAUUUAUUUAUUAUAGAAAUGUUUAUCGAACGCUAGGUUCGACGUGUUGACCAACUCGUUUUGUUUGAUCGUUUUCAGGCGUUUCCCCCGAAACGAUUUUGUACGAAAGUCUGACGAAAAUUUUGUUCCAGAGGGAGGCAAAUAGAGUAACCCGUGGGGUUUACGUUCGUUCUGUAUCUCGUUUUCGUUCUUGUAUUAUUCGAUAUAAGCAUUUCAAUGUACGAGUAAUAGGUAUGAGUUCUACGACAAUUGUAAAGACAACUUCGUCUGUGCUUUUCUUGCAUAUUUCGUGUUGUGAUACUAUUUGCUGUAAAAGUCUAGGUACCGAGUCACGUGACAUAUAUUGUAACGAUUGCGUAACUACUUGUAAUAAAACUAUACAUGCAUCAGUA